CGUCAUUUCCUUUGGGACAGGAGGGCAACGGACCUUUUUUUCUUGGCUCCGCAGAUCUCUCGGCAUGAAGGAGGUGAAGAGCGAGCGGGAGCGGGGGGGUCGGCGAAGGCACCGGGACGGGGACGUGGUGGGGAUAGCGCCGGCGGUAGUGGUGAAGCAGGAGCGACUCAGCCCGGAGUCCGCGCCUCCGGUCCACCGCCGUCCGGAUUCCUCCGGCGGUAGCCCGUCCCCACCGGCCGGCGAGUCGGGCCGCCCAAGUCACCGCGGGAACCGAGCCCGAGGAGGUAGCCGGUCCCCAGCCAAAAAGAAAAACAAAUCCUCAGGAAGAAGGAGCAAGUCUCCCCGGAGUAAGAGAAGCCGAAGUCCUCACCACUCAGCAAUCAAAGUAAAGCAGGAACGUGAGGACCAUCCUCGGAGAGGCCGGGAGGAUCGGCCACACCGAGACCCCUCAGGACAGGACCACAGGCGAGCUCGGAACAGCGACCGGGACAGGCACCGUGGCCAUUCCCACCAGAGGAGAAGCUCGGCAGAGGGGCCUGGCGGCGGGCAGCCUCAGGGGCGUGAUCGCGAUGCUCAGAACCUGCAGGCUCAGGAAGCCGAGCGGGAGUUCCACAACGCCCGGCGCCGCGAGCACCGCCAGAAGAAUGAAGUUAGCGCUGGCAGUAACGCGUCUCAGGACGCGCUGCCCCGGCCUGGACCUGGAGGCAACAGCAAGGACAAAGAGGCACCUGUUAAAGAGAAGCCAAGCUUCGAACUUUCUGGGGCACUUCUUGAGGACACUAACACUUUUCGGGGUGUGGUUAUUAAAUACAGCGAGCCCCCGGAAGCACGUAUCCCCAAAAAACGGUGGCGUCUCUACCCCUUUAAAAAUGAUGAAGUGCUUCCAGUGAUGUACAUCCACCGACAGAGCGCUUACCUCCUGGGCCGGCACCGCCGCAUCGCAGACAUUCCCAUCGAUCACCCCUCCUGCUCAAAGCAGCAUGCCGUCUUUCAGUACCGGCUUGUGGAGUAUACCCGUGCUGAUGGGACAGUUGGCCGCAGGGUGAAGCCCUACAUCAUUGACCUUGGCUCAGGCAAUGGAACAUUCCUGAACAACAAGCGAAUUGAGCCACAGAGAUACUAUGAACUGAAGGAAAAGGAUGUCCUUAAGUUUGGGUUCAGCAGUAGAGAGUAUGUUCUGCUCCACGAGUCCUCUGACACCUCUGAAGUAGACAGGAAAGAAGACGAGGAUGACGAGGAAGAGGAGGAGGUGUCUGACAGCUAGCAAACUGAAAACAACCCAGACUCUCGGGAGACCUUUUCUUUGUGCGAAGGCUUUGGGACUGACUCACGGGGCACCACUGUGCUCUCUGUAAUGCCUCUUACUGCCUUAAGUCUUUCUUCUGUUGCUGACCAGCUUAUGUUUUAGUGUAAAAAAAAAUGACUUAGGUUUGGUUGAACUUCUUUCUGUGACACAUUGGCCACAUGCCUGUGGGCAUUUAUUUCCCGAACAGUCUCACCGACACAUCGUGUUUUAGUAGAAGCAUCGUGGCUUGAGUUGGUGCUUUCAGAACUGCUGCCUAGGAAACUAUAAACCCUUGGUUAAGGGGGAAUUGUGGCUUGUUUUCUUUGUACAGUUACUUUAUUUAUAUAGUUGUUAAGCUUUAUGGACCGGGUUUGUUUUUAUCUCGGGGGCAAACCCCUGAACAGAGAAUCUUACUAAGCUUUGGUUAUCACCAAAAUAGCCUCCAGAAUAUACCAAAGCUUUGACCUGGUUGAGCUCUUGAGUCAUAGAAAUUGAUUUUGCACUUGGUUGGUUUGGGUGGGUGGGUGGGAUUUACCACAUGACCUCAUUAUUGACUGUUGGACUCAAACAGAUACUUAUGGAGCCUGCUUCAGCUCACCACUGUACAGGAGGACCGUGGCCACUGCCAGCGCGUGCUGACUGCAUGUCACAGGAGGCCGAGAUGGGUCGUGGAUCUGUUUCCUGGGAGACAACUCUGACUUAUCCAUGGAACAUGUACAGAACAAUUUUGAUCAUUGUAGCUGUUCUUCAACUUCACAUUUUUAUUUAGAGGUUAUCUCCAUUCUUUCUUCUUUGAGAGAAGCAGUCAUUUUUGUAGCAGGGUCUUUGCUUUAUCCUAACAACAUAUACAUGUCAAAAGACGGUUGUGUGGUUUACACGUUUCAUCUUUUUAAAACAACAUUCAGAGAGGUUGUAUUUACCUUCCCAAGGCUGGAAAGUAUGGGAAUUGCCCAGUUUUCUCAUUUUCCACCAGAGGACUAUGUGUAAGUAGAAAAGUCACAACUGCUUACAUCUGUUGUGUGUAUGUAUAUAUGUACAUAUUUAAAAAAUUGUGUGAAAGAGCCGCAUACUGAUUUUCCUAUGAGAAUGUUUUGUGACGUAAAUGUAAUACAAUAUUAUAGGCAAAGGCCUCCCUGCAUUUGAGGAGCAGGUUUUCAUUUAUAUGUAUUUUUGGAAUAAAAAAUAAUAAAAUUUGUAAAUAUA